AUGAACACGAUAUUACAAAAUGUAUCGUGCUUCAAGAGAAAUGUUAGUUCAGGACGACCAUUCGACUCCAGGUCAUUAUCGUCUUCUUCCACUUCUCAAAAAUACGAUGUCUUUUUGAGCUUCAGAGGCGCAGACACUCGCAAGAACUUCGUCAGUUUUCUGUACAAGCAGUUAGAGACCAAAGGCAUUCGAGCUUUCAAAGACGACAACGCACUGGUGUGUGGCCGUUCAAUUGCACCAGUGAUUUUCCAAGCCAUCAAAGGAUCAACAAUCGCUGUCGUGGUGAUCUCUCCGACUUAUCCAGCUUCCUUCUGGUGUCUCGAGGAGCUCGUAAUGAUUUUAAAACUCGAGAGAGAAAAACUACUCACUGUGGUGCCUAUUUUCUACGAGGUUGAACCUAAUGACCUGAAGAGACAGACGGGAAAAUUGGUGAAGCAGUUCAAGAAACACGAGAAGAGACAUAGCACAGAGAGAGUCCACUCGUGGAGGGAUGCCUUGAACAGAUUGGCUACUCUCUCCGGCGACUGUUCAAAGAUUUCGGAAGAUGACGCGACGCUGGUCGAUAGAGUUACUGAGAGAAUAUCGAAGAUUUUAUCCAGUAGCGUAAUUAGUUUCGACGAACACAUGAAGAGAUUGUAUCCGUUACUUGAUCUAAAUUCAAACGAAGGUGUUCAAGUGAGUGGGAUUUGGGGAAGAGGAAGCAAGGGAAGAUCAGCAUUCGCGAAACACGUUUACAAAAACAUCUCACCCAACUUUGAAGCACAUUGUUUUCUCGAAGACGUUAGAAGUAUCUCACUACAUCUUCAAGAAGAAGAGCUUCUUUCCAAGAUGCAAGGAGAAGUCUUGAUGAGCACAAAGAGCUCUCACAUGUGUCUUGACGCGAUCAAAGCAAGGCUCGGGAACAGGAAGGUUCUGCUAGUGGCUAACGACGUGGACAAGAUAGAAAAGUUAGACGCGCUUGCUGAUGAAUUUAGUUGGUUUGGACCAGGGAGUAGGAUCAUCAUAGUCACACAAGAUAAGCAUUUGCUUAGUUCAUGGGGUGUGAAAAGUGUCUACGAAGUUGAGCUCUUGAAAUGCUGUGAAGCUGGUAAGCUCUGGCGCUCUGAAGCCUUCAUACGGAGAGAUGAUCAUGUAGGUUCCGAGCUUUCAUUUUCGAUCCUGACAUGCAAUGAAAUAUAG